AUGUGGCUCCUGGAAACCGACGGCAAUGUAUUGCAGGGCCGGCGACUCUGGCUUCGGCCUGGCAAACGAUACCUCUUCGGCCGUACCGCCUCCGAACCUGGACAACUUGCGAUCUCCCACAAGACCAUCUCGCGCAAGCAUCUGACGAUUGAGGUCGGCGCUGUGCCGGAUGGCGACAGUGAAAAUGUAUCGAGUCGAUCGAAAGUCACCAUCGAAGACUUGGGCACUAAGACUGGGACGACUGUGGACGGGCACAAAUACAAGGGUGAAAAGCAUGUCAUCACCGAAGCUGCGGUCGAGAUCAAGAUGGGCGGCUGCCCUGACAUGUUCCGGUUGUCGUGGCACCCUGUAGUGCUGACUUUUAGCUUUUCGAGCCGAGAACUGCAAUCUGAUCCCUUCUCACGACUGCGUGGCGAACUCGAGCAGCUGGACGUCAAGCUGGCAGCGGACUACAGCGUUCAACACACUACGCAUGUGGUCACCAAAAAGCGCAAUACCUCCAAGGGUUUACAGGCUCUUAUUAAUGGAAAGUAUAUCGUUACCGACUCGUUCAUCGAUGCAGUUGUUGCAGCGGCAACGCAUCCUGCAAAUGGGGAUGGCAUAGCUGCAUCUGCGCUGGAGAAUGACUUUGAUGGUAGCUGGCCGGAUCCACUGGAACAUCUGCCUCCCCGUGGUGGCGAGCCUGUGGAACGGCCCCCAUCCGCCUAUGCACCAAAUGAGAGCCGUCAGGAGAUCUUCGAGGGCUACACCUUCAUCUUCUACGACAAGGGACAAUUCAAUACUUUGUUAGCGCCAAUCACCAACGGCAAAGGCAAGGCCCUGUACACCAACGUGGACCCGAACACAACAACGGUUGAUGAUUUUAUUCUAUACGUCAAAACGGAAGCAGGUGAGAAGGGCCUCGGCUCCUUUGAGGAUGGCAGCGAAGGGAGAGGGGUGGUUGUGGUCCGAUUUGUUCCCAACAAAGGCGACGCAGUGGGCUGGUACGCGGAUUUUUUCACUCAAGUCUCCCUCCGCUUGGACCACAGACCUAUCGAGCAGAACGAGUUCCUUGAGGCUAUCCUCAUAAAUGACGCCAGUAUCUUGCGCCGGCCGCUGGAAGUCGACCCUACCCAAGUUCCUUCAGGUCCAGCGCCCGAACAACAGGCGAAUACGGAAUCCAGUUCGAUGGACGUUGAUCAGCCGAUGACUUCACAACAAAGCCAAGAGACAUCAUCGGUUUCCAAAACGGCUAUUGCCAGGAGCAGAGUACGGAGGGCAGCAACGCGGCGGUUUGCGGGAUUCGACGCCGACGAUGACGAAGGGGAGACGAUAACCCCCCCGGUGACCGAGAGUGUUUCAGCCAAUGCUUCGGUUAACAACGACCCCGAUGAAGGGCUGUUCGUAUCCCAAGAAGUGCUUCCUCCCAAUGAGACUCCGGAUCCACUGCAAGAGCCGACGAAUGGACGAUCCCAGAGGAAGCGCCCUGUGGCCCAAGACGACAGUAUUGAGGAUAUCAUCCCGACUGCCGCGGCAGUGAAACGACGACGGAUCGCCGCUGGUGAGGAAGCGGUUCCUCGCCCAAAGUCGCCCGAAACUGCGAAAGUCUCUGAACCCAGGAUCGUACCCAAAACAAGGAAGGUCAAGAAAGAGAUUGACGUCCUCGACGUGGCUCGGCAACAGCGUGAGGAGAUGGAAGCUCGCGCCAAGGCGGAAAAGGAAGAUCUUGCCCAUCUACCCGACGACGUCGACCUGAGCGAAAUCCGUCGACUGCACAUCGUCGAGGAGAUGCCUAUCCGCCAACCAACGUCAAAUAGUAGUCACGAUCAAGAUGCCGAGAAUGGCAGAUGGGACCCACGAUGGAACGGACGGAAGAACUUCAAGCGCUUCAGGCCACGCGGCGAACUUACGGGCCGCCCUCCGCAGAAGGUUAUCGUGCCCUUGACACAGGUCAAGACGAAGGAGUUCGGCAUCGGAGACGAUUACUGGCUCGAAGACAGCCAGGGCAAGAAGAAAGGCAACGAGAGCCAGAAGAGCGGGACGACCCAGACCGAGUCCGCCGCGCCGCCGGCUUCUCGGCCCGCGUCGUGUCCACAGCCCAUCGUCCUCAGCGAUGACAACGAGGAUGACCAGGCGAUGCCCGACACCGAGCCCGAGGUUGAGCCUGAGCCCGAGCCAGAACCGACACCGGCUUCGCGGACGAGGAGCACUCGCGCGGCGACAACACAGUCACAAAACACCAGCCAGAGCCAAUCGCAGAGACAGACGCGGGGCAAGAGGGCGGCGCCCGCCUCAGCCAAGGAACCUCCGGCGAAGAAACCUCGGCCAACGCGGAAGGCCAUCGAGGUGCCGAUAGUGACGACAGCGACGACGAGCUCAAGUUCAAGUUUGGUCGAAGGCGCUGAGAGGGCGAGGUAG